UUCACAAUCUGCAAAUGUGGAUCAGCUAAGGACAAAGAUUUGGGGACACAUCAUGGGAAACAGAAGUUUGAAUCCAAAUUAUGUUGUUCCCCAAUGGAUACCACAAUUUGAUGAUGUUUGGUCACUUUCAGUUCUCGAACAGCUUGUGUGUAGAAUACCAGGUUGCAUGUUUGUUGUUGUUUCUAGGUUCAAAUUCCCAACAAUAAUCAAUGCAACUUAUGAGGUUGAAUUGUUGAGUGAAGAGGAUGCUAUGUCUUUGUUCUGUCACCAUGCUUUUGGACAUAAAUCAACCCCUUUUACAGCUCAUGAGAAUUUGGUCAAACAGCUAAAACCAAAAAAUCCGGCGAUAUAUCAACUAUCAAGUGAAGACAAACACCAAUAUAUUAAGGUCAAGGUGAGGUGAAGGUGCACCACACACUUUACUUAUUGAUCCCACCACCUCAAAAUCUGAUGUAUUUUUGUAUGUAUAUGAAUAAAGAUAAAAAGAAUAGACUUUUAAUUAAGUUGGGGUCAAGUUGAACAAAAACAAAUGUUCUUGUCCUCCACUAAAUUAAGGAUAAAUUUUUGUCAUCUGCACAAGUUAUCUAAAAUAUUUGUUCAUUGAAUAUCAUAAAAGAUAAAUUUGUUCAAUACCUUAAAUAUUUAUCUUGUGAUGUUCUGUCUUUUACAGUCUUGUACUGUUCUGUCCAGUAUUUAUGUUUUGCAGGUUUAUUUUAAAUCAUGAUUCAAAAAAUCCUUUAAUUCUAGCUAAUAUUAUAUUACAAGUAACAACACAGUAUUAUAAGAAUAAACUUGA